CUCAGCCGCAAUUGUUGCUCCCUGUCUAGAUUCGCUGGCAGACGCUGGCUCGAUCAAUUUGCGGAGGAUCUGGAGCAGCAGCCUGAAGCGAAGAAUGCGAUUCGUUGUAAACCAUUGCUGCGGCCGAGCACGCGUUGGCGUGCUCUUUGCCGGCAACUCUUCAAUUCCCUUCGAGACUCCCGCUCUGCUUCUCUCCACCAAGAAGGGCCUUCCAGCUUUCCUCUCCCGGGACCUUAUCGCUUCUCUUCCUUUUCCAGGCCCCCACCCGCUGCACAUAAGCCCCAUUCACUUACUUGACGGCCCUACUCCAGCGAUUAUUUCGAGCAUUGGGGGCUUGCAUCAAUUGUCGGCCUUGCAAAAUUGCGUCUUUGUGGCCUCGGCGAGGGAUUCGAUCGAAAGUUUGCCGGAGAGUGUUGCCUCUAACAAGCUCGGGGCAUCUUUUGAAACACCGCGAGGGCGCCGGCUGGUUAAGCCUUCUGAUUAUAUGGAGAUUAUUUCCUCCUUGAAGCCAGACAUUUGGGCUAGUUUGGCUGAUGAGGUUCCUGCGUCGGUUUCAGAGAAGAGGAAUAAGGCUUCGGUAGAUAGGACUCUGCGGUGGCUAGAUGAUUGCCUUGCUUUGGACAAGACAGGUGGAAAUAAUAUCUUUGGAGCUAUUGUUGGUGGAUCUAGUGUAGAAGAACGAAAACGUUGUGCCAAUGAAGUGGCAAAGAAAAAUGUGCAAGGUUUUUACAUUGGAGGUUUGGGGCUUGGAGAAAGCAUGGAAGAACGCCCUGGUUUACUCAAUUCAAUUAUGGAUUGCUUACCUGAGGAGAAACCACGUCAGAUAUCUGGAUUAGCCUUGCCAGAGGAGGUCUUGCAAGGAGUAGCUUCCGGCAUUGAUCUCUUCGAGUCCACGUAUGUUUAUCACCUUACACUUGGAGGCCUUGCACUUGUCUUCCCACUUGAAAUACUAGAGGGAGAAAUUUUCAACACACAUUUGCACAGUUCUGAUGAGAUCACAAAGAUAAAUCUCCGAGCAACUAUAUACAGGAACGACGCGUCACCUAUUGUCAACAAUUGUAGCUGCUACACGUGUCAGAAUCAUACUCGAGCUUACAUCAAUCACUUGCUUAAUGUGCAUGAAAUGCUAGCUCAAAUCCUACUAGAAAUGUAGAAGGUCUAUCUAGCACAUAUUGCUACUUGGAUGACUCAACAACAUCAAACCUAUUAUAUAUGGAGCUCAGAGUCAUAUUUAAAUUGACAAAGUACACGUUGCCGCCACUUUAAGGCAUAUAUGAUCCCUGAAAGCGUAAUUGUGGACGUCGGACGCCCUCAUAAUAAUGGAUGCUGACACAUGUUAAUUUUACAUGAUUUUAUUGGUAUUAUUCGUUAUAAUAUACCUGCUAUUUUUACUGAUUUAUACAGAUAUACACUUGAGAAAGGUUUUUGUUGAUGUUGUGUAGGUUAAAUGUGUCAAACACAAAACAGAGUAAAAAAAUGCAAUACAGUGUUGUCAGGCAGUCACGCCAGAAUUGGGUGUGACCACGCCAGUUUCAGACAUGACCACGCCGAUCUGCACAUAAAAACUUGUUUAUGUAAUGAGAGAAAUUCAUUUAGGCUUCUUGGCCUCUUCUUGGCUUGGAGGAGUUCUGCAUCAGGGAGUCAUGGGAGGCAAGAUUUGGAGAGAAUUUGAAGCUUUUCACAUCUUCCUCCUUUGUGAAAACCUUGGAGGGUGUGUUUCAUAUGUUUUGUGAGUUGUGAGAGACUUGUAUGAGAUGAGGAGCUGCUACAAGUGUGGAGAAGAAAAGUUAUUGUAAGUUUUACAUGUUCAUCUUUCUC